AUGAAGAACACACAGUGGCUUGGAGUUUGUGGACUGGUCUUUGCAGCUUUACUCCCUGUGAGCUGGCAAAUGGUCUUGAAAGACGCAACGGAUGAAUCUAGGUGGCAAUCUUAUGAAACAGAAAGUGCUCACAGUUUUACUUCCAACGUCAAGCGCCACUCCGAGGGUACGUUUACUAGUGAUUUUACUCAACGCUUAGACAAAAUGAAGGCCAAGGAUUUUGUGCACUGGCUCAUCAAUACCAAACGAUACAGCUCUACAAAGAGAUUCAUCAAAGAGAAACCCCACAUCUUAAGCUACCUGCCUGGCUUGUUCUGGUUCGGGUAA